AUGCCCCUUUACAAGAUCACCGAGCGCCGGCUGAAGCGAAAAGAGCGAGACGAGGAAGAUGGGAUCGCCAUCCUGAAAGCGGCGUUGAGGGAGGAAAUGGGCGGAGGCGGGGACGAGACCGAUGAUGAGGAGAGCGAGAGUGAUUCGGAUAGCGAUAGUGAGGGCGGGAGUGGCAGCGGCAGCGAGGAAGAAAGCGAGGAGGAAGAUAACGAGGUUAUGGGUGAGGAGGCCGCAGCUGGGCCAAGCGGUGCAACGGGGAACGAGGACCUCGACGAGGACGAAGAAGAGGACGAAGGCGAGCUCUCCCCUCUCGAAUCCCUAUCCGACUCGGAAGAGGACGAAGACGUCGGCCCUCCACCCAUGUCUGUAGCAGAGGCGGCCAAAUCGCCCAUCUACCUCGGAUCGGCGGUCAAGAAUCGGCGAUUAGGACCGUUCUCGCGGUGUGUGCUUUGUCCCGGCAAGUUACUCCAGUCGGAAACGGUCAUCAAGCAGCAUCUGGCCAGUUCUGUUCAUAGACGCGCGGCGAAGCGAUAUCAGACCCGCCUGGACUCUUCGGUUCCGCUAGAGACGGAUGAUCCGAGGGAGGUGGUGGAGCAGAUCUUUGAGGCUUUGGGGAAUACGCAAGCGAGAGAACCCAAGGCCAAAGCGAAGGCACAAGAGCAGAAGGACGCCGCCCCAUCAUCACCCUCCAACCCCAAAUCACCCAAACCUACCGCGUCAUCCACCCCUGCACCCCCCAAACGGCCCAACAAGGCCGAACGACGAGCAGAGCGCGCCAAAGCGCUCUUGAGCCGGAUAGGCGACAAGGCUACUGGGGAGCCGAUGCAGAUCGCGGAGGUUGUGGCGGAUGCAGAGGAGAAGGGGGAGGCGGUCGGCGGGGUCAAGUUCAAUCGGGCAGCGAGGCGGUUAUUGGCGCAGCAGGCGAAGGCAGGUGGAUCGGGUAGCGCUGAAGUAGCGGGCGAGGGAAAGAAGGGUGGUGCGGCGGAGGAGGAUGCGAAGAAGGGCGAGAAGCCAGAGGCAGGGGAUAAGGAGGGGAAGAAGGGACGAAUGGGGAAGGGGAAGAAGGACAAGAAGGGCGAGAAGGUCGAUGCGAAAGUAGGGAAGGAGCAGGUCACGUUAAGCGAGGGAGGGACACCGGCGAAGAGGAGAAAGGCGAAGGCGCCGAAAAGUGGGGAAUAA